AUGAUUGCAUGGAUGAACAAUUGGGGCCCAGUCUGUUAUGUUCUCACCGGCUUUUUCUUCCCUUGGCUAUUACAGGUGAAAGGGCUGAAAUGGGCCACACUGACCAGCAUGCUCUGUGUUGCUGUUGGAACUGCCUGCAGGGUCAUCACGUCAGAGCCAAAGAUGGCAACAAUACUGAUACAUGUGGGGCAGUUUAUGAAUGGGGUUGGUGGACCCAUCUCUACAGGGGCUAUUCCUGCAGUGUCCGCAGCAUGGUUUCAUCCUACAGAGAGAGUCACAGCGACAGCUUUAAGCAACAGCAUCAACUCAUUUGGCACUGCUGUUGCCUUUAUUUUAGGUCCGGCUCUUGUACCAGAAAUUCACCAGAACAAAACUACACCUCCACACAAAUAUUUAUUAUUUCAAAAUUUGUAUGUUGAAUCAAGUACCCAGGAGCUGGACAACACAACAAUUUCUACCAAGUUAAUGGAAAGAGAAAAAAUCAUGAUGUAUAUGUAUUAUGUCUGUGGCUGGUCAUGUUUUCUGUUUGUGGUGAUCCUGUGCUACUUUCCUUCGAAGCCACGACUACCUCCAAGUUUGUCAGCCACUGUAGAGCGCCAACAUUACUGGGCAGACAUCUGGUCAUUGAGAAAGAAAGGUCAUUUCAUCGUCAUCACCCAGAUGUUUGGUGUCUCUAGUGGAAUGUUUGGUGGUUGGAUCAGUGUACUCCACAUAAACCUCAGCACUGUCUCUGUUAGUGAGGAGACGGCUGGAUUGAUGGGAUUUUAUUCUACUCUGGCGGGAUGUGUCGGCUCCUUGCUUAUUGGGAGAUUUGCUGGCCCCUUUGUGCGUUCCAUCAAGGUGUUUAUACUCAUUACCUAUGCCUUGACCACAGCAGCUCUAACAGUGUUCACCCUGAUGCUGAUGAAGAUUAUCCCUCCCUCUACAGUUGGCUUGUACGUGACUGUAGUUGCAGCAAGUACGACACUCAACAUCGCUGUACCACUGUUCUUUGAGCUUGGCUGUGAACUUGCUUACCCCACCAGUGAAGGCUCUGCGAAUGGUGUCUUGACUCUGUUUAGUAAUUUCUGGGCUUUGAUUUUCCUAGUUGUGUUUUCCCUUCCUAAUAUUGAUACCAUGUGGCUGAACUGGGCUGUAGUCGGUGCCAUGGCCGUCUGCCUCCCUCUGCUUCUCAUUCUGAAAGGAAGAUUCAGCCGUCUGGAGGUGGAUGAGGGCAUGCAGUCAGAGAGAUACACAGAGAAUGUGAUUGUGGUGCCAGAUGCAAACACAGAGCAUGAUCCGUUACUUUCACAUGAGAAGAUUCCGUCUGAUAGUCCAGCCCAAUAUGGGAUUUAUAACUCUGCAAAUGGAGAUCAACCUCGGCAUGCCGAGCUGCAUGCCAACUCUUCAGAGAUAAAUGGGUUCACAAAUCCGAUACUUUCUGAUGACAUGAAUUUUCACUCUACUCAAGACUUUAAUCCACAAAGAUGUGAAAAUAACAGUCGUAGUAAUCUAGUCAUAAAUACAGAGAAUGGAAUUCAGAAUCCAAGUGGUGCCACCUCAGCUAGUCCUUCAUUAGAAAGUCAAAAUUUUACUAAUCCCCAAAAAUAUGGAAUUCAGAAUCCUAUACCUACUGAUAUUUCACAUGGUAAUCUAGACACAAAUACAGAGUAUGGAAAUCAGAAUCCAAUUGUCACUAACUCAGCUAGUCCUUCAAAUGAUAAUCAAGACAUUACUAAUCCACAAACAUAUGGAAUUCAGGAUCCUGUACUGCAGGAUGCAGCCACGCUGACAGACACUGAGGAGAAGCGACCAGAUGAGUAUCAGAUGGAGGAUUCUUUACUUGAAAUUUAA